CUGUGAACCAGGUAGUGGUUGAAACAACAUUGCACGAGCUUGCAGUAGACUGCCCUCGCAGUUGUAGUUGCGUUUUCCGCUCCAGACAGCAUUCAUCAUGGAAGCGCCUCUGUUUCCCCGAGAGUCGGGCAAGUUCGUGGCGGAGCGGAGUCGGGAUGUAUUUGUGGAGGACGAAGGGGUGCAGAAGGCGGCAGAGAUGCUCUUCAGACUCCGACACAGUGACGACCUGACUGCCAGUGGCUGGAAGAAGGCAAACCCACUGGCCCCAGCGCCCACAUCUGACCAGGCAUUGAACUGGGUGUUUGUGGUAGACACCAUGAACUUCUCCUUUUGGCCAGAGACAGAAACUCAACAGUGUGAGGUGACCUACAAAGGGACGACAUACACCGGCUACAUGACACUAUGUGCUGCCAUCACCAGGGCCAUGGAAGAAGGUGUACCCAUUACUGAUCCAAAGUACUUCUCUCAGAUGAGCGUGGAGGAGCUGGGACGUGUCCUUCGAUCAGACAAUGAAACACCCAUGCCGAUGCUUCAGGAACGCCACCAGGUGCUGACUGAAGGCGGCCGCGUGCUGCUGGAAAAUGGCGGGAGCUUCCGUAGUCUUAUCGAACAAGCCGGAAACGACGCCCGGAAGAUGGUGGAGCUCAUUGUGGAGAAGAUCCCUUCGUACAGGGACGAAGCCACGUACGAGGAAAAACGAAUCUCAUUCUACAAACGGGCCCAGAUCCUGGUGGCAGAUUUCUGGGGCGUCAUGGAGGCCAGAGGACAGGGAGACAUCAUUAACAUGGACUGGCUCACCAUGUUUGCUGACUACAGGGUUCCUCAGGCGCUUGUCUAUUUAGGAGCACUGCGAUACUCUGACACACUGAUGCAGGCAUUGAAAAGCGGUGAGCUGCUGCGUUCAGGGGACCGGAGAGAGGUUGAGAUCCGAGGUUGUUCGAUAUGGGCCGUGGAGCAGAUUAAAGACCGUCUCUGCAAGAUGGUGCAGGAGAGAGACGGACAGACCUGCGCUGUCAACUCCGCAAUUAUCGACUUCUACCUGUGGCCUUACGCCAAGCAGCAUCACAAAGAGAUGGCUCACAUUCCCAUACACCACACACGCUGUAUUUACUACUGACGAGGUGUCUGGCAGCUGCACGUAUAGUAGUCUGCUCCUCACGUUGUACAGGCUUGGCAUCUGUGCCAUUCUCUGGGAUAACACCAAACACGUCUCUUUCCCAGAUACAUGUACAAACAGACUUCACUUUGACUGUAAUGCAAACAAGUGUCAAGAUUUAAUAAAGCAUCUCUGGUUACUGUAUAUCAGUUAAAUAUUUACUGUUGGUCACAUGAAACAUUUCUAACAAACCUUUCUUUGUAUGCUAUGCAAUGUAAACUAUGUAAACAUGCACAUCUAGAAGGGAUGUGAACUUGAAAUAGCACUGGUCUGACAGAAACUACAAUAAAAUAUAUUUUUUGGA